CUAACGUAAUAUAUGUUGAUGUCACUGCUUUGGGUCGUCACAAUCUUGCCUUUCUUCCCGUCAGCUAUAAAUGUUGUCACGACUCUCCCUAACCAUUUGACGAUCCGAUCCCUACCCUGGCACCAAUCAAAAAACUCUACGACUUGUCUCUCAAUAUAUAGAGCCGUCGUUCUCUCUCAUCCUUUACCGCUUCCUCACUAGCCAUCAUUCAGUCGUCUCAUCCUUCUUCCUCUGCUAGCAGUAUGCCUGGCACAACACCAUACAUUGGCAAUGCUACAAGAAUAUGGGAGAUUAAUGUGCACUGGAGCCUGUACUCUCAGUGCGGAAUUUGGGAUCCUAAAGGUCGUGGCGUGGAUAUAUGGGAAUGCAUUAGAGCCCGUAAGUCGCCACUCUCCUUUGUUUGUUCACCGUCUUGCCUCGUUCUCUCCUUUCAACAAUCUCACCUUUUUCCCCAGCCACCAAACGGUCUUUACUGGCGCUACAUCGCCCGCCGGUGA